CUGGAGACCAAAGGUAACUAAUGUUUGUCUUCUGCUUCUUGUUCCUCUCACCCAUAGCACUGAUGCAGGCGAUAGCCCCGUGGGCACGACGACCACUACAAACCUGGAGCAGCCGCAGGUGAUUCCAUCGCAGGGAGACCUUCUGGGUGACCUUCUCAACCUGGAUCUGGGACCCCCAGUGAAUGUUCCCCAAGUGUCCUCCAUGCAGAUGGGUGCUGUGGACCUCCUGGGAGGAGGGCUGGACAGCUUGGUGGGGCAGACCUACAUUCCCUCCUCCGUGCCAGCCACCUUUGCCCCUUCACCCACCCCAGCGGUGGUGAGCAGUGGACUCAACGAUCUCUUUGAGCUCUCAUCUGGUAUAGGCAUGGCUCCUGGAGGAUAUGUGGCUCCAAAGUCUGUUUGGUUGCCUGCAGUGAAGGCUAAAGGAUUGGAGAUCUCGGGCACGUUCAGUCACAGGCAGGGACACAUCUACAUGGAGAUGAACUUUACCAAUAAGGCUUUGCAGCACAUGACCGACUUUGCCAUUCAGUUCAAUAAGAACAGCUUCGGAGUCAUCCCAAGCACCCCACUGGCCAUUCACACACCUCUGAUGCCAAACCAAAGUAUUGAUGUCUCUCUGCCCCUCAACACUCUGGGACCAGUCAUGAAAAUGGAGCCCCUGAACAACCUCCAGGUGGCUGUGAAAAACAACAUCGAUGUCUUUUACUUCAGCUGCCUAAUUCCUCUCAACGUGCUUUUCGUAGAGGAUGGCAAAAUGGAGCGCCAGGUCUUCCUUGCAACAUGGAAGGAUAUUCCAAAUGAAAACGAGCUUCAGUUCCAGAUCAAAGACUGUCACCUGAAUGCCGACACUGUCUCCAGCAAACUGCAGAACAACAACGUCUACACCAUUGCCAAGAGGAACGUGGAGGGCCAGGACAUGCUCUACCAGUCUCUGAAACUCACCAAUGGCAUCUGGAUCUUGGCCGAGCUUCGCAUUCAGCCGGGGAACCCGAACUACACGCUCUCCCUGAAAUGCCGAGCUCCCGAAGUGUCCCAGUACAUCUACCAGGCCUACGAUGCCAUCUUGAAAAACUAACAGGAGAUCAGCCUGUGCCUCACCCUGCAGAAGGAGGGGGGAGAAAGGGGUCCCCAGAUCCUCCUUCACCACUGGCGUGGGGAAAAGCACUCUUAACUGGAAGCAGCUGUAUUCAUGUGUAGGAUUUCAGUCAAAGGCACUGAUUAACCAAGGUAGCAAUUAGUAUCCACGUGCUAAUGAUGAUAGGGAACAAACCCCUUUGAUAUUUUUAGCGUCCAUGGAGUUUGUAACCACUGCUUCGACUACUCCCACAUCCCCCUCGCCCCUCACUCGUCGUCCGUUCUCGUGGGCUUCUCCAUUUUGUGCCAAUGUUCAGUGUUUUCUAAAUGGCUUUAGGCGUAGCUACGAUUUUGUAAAAUACCGCUCCUUGAAGAAGAAGAAAAAAAAAGGCAAAACCCACAUGUCAGCUCAUUAAAACAAGGCAAAAGUGU